CUUUAAUUAGUUUUAAGUUUAUUAAAUGGCUGGUAGAUAACUGGUGUAUUGUUAGUUGCAUAACAUCAAACCACAUGAAUUUACGUUUACUGAAAUUGUGACGAUUAGGUGCCCCCCCAAAAUAACGAUCAAACAAAUUCGUGUAAUUUCAUCGAUUUAUGCCGGUGUGACUUAACCUAACGAUCACGUCCUAUGAUUACUUCAUGACUUUAAGUCGGCGUAUUUGAAAGAUGAAACAUUGAUUUCAGAUAAUUCUUAUCAAAUUGUAUUCAAAUAGUCUCAAUAGUCAUUUCUGUGACUCAUUCCCGGUUAUUUUAUGCAUAAAAAGCAAUCGUGUGACCGUCACGCGUCAUAAAUACAGUACGCGAUCAAAAUGACAUGAGUAAUUCGAGGGUGUUGUCUGUUUUCCUCUUAAAAUCCGAAUUAAGAGCUUUCCGUGAUUGAAAGUCCAUCUCAACGUGACAUUAAAACCAUGUUCUGUUAAUGUUUAGUGGAAUUUGUUUAGUUCAAAUUGUAAAAAAUGUCGAAUUUGUACCGGACCGUGUUGGACUCGUUUUGGAGUGAGUACGUUUGGUUGCCCCCAAACACCACCUGGAAAGACAUCGCCCCCGAGGCGAGCACGGAAAUCCACCAUGCGGACUACCGGCACCUCCUGUACCCCCUGCCGAUGGCCCUGGUCAUGCUUUUCCUGCGCUACGUCUUGGAGAAGUAUUGGUUCGCCCCCGUAGGAGUAUCCAUAGGAAUCAAAAACACCAAACCAAAGAAGGCCCCACAUAAUACGGUACUAGAAAAGGCGUACAUCCAGUCGAAAAAAUGGAAACACAAGCAGAUUCAAGGGUUGGCGAAACAAGUCGAUAUGAGCGAGAGACAGGUCGAAAGGUGGCUCCGAUUACGCAAAGGCCAGAAUAAGCCCUCCACUUUAACGAAAUUCUGCGAGAACUCCUGGCGGUGUCUUUAUUACACCUUGAGCUUCAUCUACGGCCUCGUCGUGCUUUGGAACAAGCCCUGGUUGUGGGACAUCAACGAGUGUUGGAACGGUUUUCCACACCAGUCGGUCACCAGCGACAUCUGGUGGUACUACAUGAUCUCGAUGUCGUUCUAUUGGUCGCUUUGCGUCAGCCAAUUUUUCGACGUGAAACGUAAGGAUUUUUGGCAGAUGUUCAUCCACCACAUUGCCACGAUUGUCCUGAUGUGUCUUUCGUGGGUGGUGAACCUCUUUCGUAUCGGUAGUCUUGUCCUAGUCGUUCACGAUUGCGCCGAUAUUUUUCUCGAAGCGGCAAAAAUGGCCAAAUAUUCCGGAUACCAGAAGGUCUGCGAUACCAUUUUUGGGAUUUUCACCGUAUUGUGGAUCGCGACGAGACUGGGAGUGUAUCCGUUUUGGAUAAUUAAAAAUACUUCAAUAGAUGCGCCGAAGAUAGUCCCAAUGUUUCCAGCUUAUUAUAUAUUUAAUAGUCUGUUGUGUCUUCUCCUAGUUUUACACAUUUUCUGGACGUAUUUGAUAUUAAAAAUCGUCGCUAAUUCUCUCAAUGCUGGCAAAAUGGAAGGAGAUAUCAGAUCGAGCAGCGAUGACUACAGUGAAGAUUCGAAAUCUCAAUGAUUUCAAACAAUUGCGACGUUUUAUUGGCUUUAAAUAAUUGUAUCGAGCCAAUUCCAGUUCGUUUUUUCAUUCUACACUAGAUAGAAACGUACAAACUGUUGUUUUGUACUUAUUUAUAUAAAAAAAUAUAAGAAUUAAUUGCAAUCUGAAAGAAUUUUGGUAUUUGACAUACCGUGGCAUUUUUAGUUACAUUUAUUUAUAAAGAGUCCAAAGGUUUAACCAAAAUUAAAUUUUUUGAUGAAAAAACACCGAUUUUU